CAAACACAUCUCCACCCUCUCCACAGCCUUCCUCGCUGGUUCAGAGGGGCAAGAAGGGGCAAAAAAACUUCACGGCUUUCUUCUGCCACGGCGAUGCGAGUCGAGGGGGCGCGAGUACGUAAAAAUAGAUGGAUGGGCGCUCCGCGGCGUCUCCACUCGACUGGCUGGAUACCUGGAUACUGUGCUGUGCUAAGUUGCUAACAACGUGUGUGCUUCACUGCUUGCUUACAUGCGCGGCGCCGCCGAGGCUAGGCAGUUUUGCUCCUCAGCCGCAUCUUUCCCCCACCUCGUCGCGUCUGGAGGACGGAGUGCUUCGGAUUUGCAGGCUUGCUGGAGAGCAGCGUGUGGUCAGCCUCAGCCUCAAAACACUUAACGCGCCACCGGCCAAUCAUCGCGUUAUGUCUUGAGGGGAGAGAGUGAUUUACCGCUCGCAUUACGGAGGUAAGAGGAAGACUGGCCGUUGCACAUACGCCCCUCUCCAACUCGCCACUC